AUGCAGUGGGCGGUUUACCAAAGAAGAGUUUCUGAUGGCCCGUUUUAUGGUGGUAAAGCCCAACUAAAUGUUUAUGCUGUGCCAAAUAUUCAAUCCUAUCAGAUCAGCUCUUCUUCGUUUUGGCUUUCAAGUGGGCUUGAUGGCCCAUCAAAAAAUUUCAAUGCAAUACAGGCAGGAUGGCAAGUAAAUCCUGCGUUAUAUCAUGAUUAUGAUGUUCAUUUCUUCAUUUAUUGGACUGCGGAUGGUUACGAGUCGACGGGAUGUUAUGACCUUUUAUGUAAAGAUUUUGUAGUAGAUAAUUCAGCUAAACUGAAACCGGGUUAUAUAAUUACUCCAGUUUCCGAAUAUAAUGGACCACAAUAUUAUUUUACACUUAGAAUACAGAAGAAUUUACAAACCGGAGAUUGGUGGUUAUAUAGAGAUGAUGGAGAUGAUGCUGGACCUUUGGGAUAUUGGCCAAAAUCUCUCUUCACUACUUUAACAGACAAUGCAUCUACUGUUGUAUGGGGUGGAUUUGUCGACAGUUCUUCAAAAAAUGACACUGGUCCUCCAAUGGGCAGUGGACAUUUUUCUUCAGAAGGAGAAGGAAAGGCAGCAUAUAUAAAAAAUAUUAAGGGUGUCGAUUCGGUUGGUGAUAUUUACACUGUUCUCAAGAACAUGGUGACUUACUAUGUUGACAGACAAGAUUGUUACAGUGUUAGCGAUUUCGAGGGUUCAACUGGAUCAAAAGGUGGGGACGGCUAUGGAUAUUUUCUCUUUGGAGGACCAGGUUGUAAAAAUUAA